ACUAAGGGAGAUAAGAGAAUACUACUUCCGUCAGUGAAGGUCAUCAACAAGCGAGAAAAUGCCGUUUAAAAACGAUGAUUAUUUACCUAGUUACGAGGAACUCACUGUACCAGAACUUCAGGUGACCUCAUCAGUACUUAGAGCUGGUGCUCAUCAUUUUGGAAAGUACUGUGAUGAACAGAGCAAGGAGUUUAUGCUUUGCCUCCAAGAGGAGAAAGACCCUCGCAAGUGUAUAGCAGAAGGCAAAGAAGUGACAAGAUGUGGCCUUGAAUUUUUUGGGAAGGUCAAGCAGAACUGUUAUUCUGAAUUUACCAAAUACUUUGAAUGCAUUGAUCAUAGUGAUCGUCAGAUGUCCUUAAAACACUGCCGCACAUCACAGGCUCUCUUUGACAACUGUAUGAAGGAGAAACUUGGUCAGGAUCGCCCUGAUCUUGGUUACUUUGCAUCUCGCCGCAUUCACCACACAGAGCGACCCAAGCCACAACUUGCUCCACACCCACUUCCAGAAAGAAUACCUGAUCCUCCAAACUUCAAGACCGCUCCUAAUCCCAAAUUUGAACGUCCAGUAACUGGCUACAAUUAGUAGGAUAUGUAUUUUCAGGAAUAUUCAUUUUAAUAGUCAAGAUGAAACCUGUUGAAAAACUGUAACUAGCAAGAAGAGUAGUCAUAUUCAUAUUUGAAGUUUUGGUAGGAAAAGAUGUAAGAUGCAUUAAGCUUGUCGCCAAAUGAUAAUUAAAUGGCUGUUAUCUGCA